AUGAAAUUCUUUGUGAGUGUUAUCUUGGUUACUUUUGGAAUCUUGAUGGUUUCUGGUCGUCCCCAAGGAUUUGGCGAAGGCGGUUUGGAUGAAAAGAAGGACUAUCAUCACUAUCCAAAGUACAAAUAUGCCUACGGAGUGAAGGAUCCCCAUACGGGAGACAUGAAAGAAGCGUGGGAACAUCGCGAUGGAGACAAAGUUGUUGGCGAAUAUUCGUUGAUGGAGCCAGAUGGCACUCAUCGUGUCGUAAAAUAUCACGCCAAUGACAAGGAAGGCUUCAAUGCUGUCGUGGAAAUCAUCGGAAAGCCACAUCAUCACAAGGAAGAGCAACAAUUUGGUCAAUACAAGGAGGAACAAUUCCACGAAAAGCACCAUAAACCAGCAGAGAGCUACCAAAAAGUGCAACAUUUGUAA